AUGAGAUCCAUACCAGGGGCAAGUGCAGAACCAAUCACCUAUGACAAAGCCUGCCACUCCUGCUGGGAAUUAUGGGGGUGUCAGUUGGCACCUUGACCCCUGAACACAACAGCCUGUUUAGCUGACCAUCUCAUCAGCAAGCUCCCUUGCAUGUCCUAGGCAGCCAGCAACACCUCCCUGAGCCCAGGGAUCUCAGGGUGUCCAUUUCCUGCUGCGAUGGUUCUUCCUCCCUUGGCUCUCCUGGCUGUGGCCAUGCUGGUUCUGAUGCUGCUGCUGGCUUCCAUCCUGCUCCCAUAUCCAGCCUACAUUAUCUUUCAUAUGUUCAUCUCCUCCAGUAACCUGGGCAGCUGGGCCCAGGGUUACAUCAUCUGUGGUAUUCUCACAGACUCUGUCUUCACUACCUACACCAAUACCACCUUGUCCUUCAUGGCCACUGUGCUGCACAGCUACCUAACAGUCGCUCGUCCUCUGCACUACCUCUCCUUCAUAUCCUGUGAAGCUAUCCAGAAUGUGGAAAGCAGCACUCUGCUAAUCACACUGCAUGUGAGCUCAGUGGUGGCAUUUUCCCUGGAUAUUGUGCUGACCAAGGAGCACCACAUUGAUGCCAGGGCUGACAUAUGGCUCACAGCAGCCAGCAUUGAGGUGCUCUGCUUCUGAUGGCUGCUGGGGAUAGUCUGGGGCCACUUCUCAUCCAGGAGGCACAGUGACAUUUUCACCAUUUUUCAGAUCUAG